UCAAAAGUUGUGUUUGUUUGUUGUGGUUUGUUUGGAUGUUGGUGAUAAAAUUUAAUUUAUUAAAUAAAUUUGCACUAAAUCAAACCUAGUCCUUUAAAGGUAUCCAGUAUUAAUUAGAAACAAAUACUUAAGUCAUCAUGUUUAUUUAUAUGAGUAAGAAGAUUGCUAUACCGAAACAGUCAAAUGUGAACUGCCUAGCGUGGAACCAUUCUUCAGGAUACAUAGCUGUUGGGGGAGAGGAUGGGAUGCUUAAAGUCUUGAAGCUAGAAUCUGGUGGUGCAGGAAAUCUCUCAAUGAACUUGAGCUUAGAAGGGCACUCGGGCCAGCUCCGCAUGGCUGUUUGGAACGAGGUCUAUCAGAAGCUGACUACUAGCGAUGAACAUGGAGUCAUCAUAGUUUGGAUGCUCUACAAGGGAUCUUGGUAUGAAGAAAUGAUAAAUAACAGAAAUAAAUCAACUGUUACUGGCAUGGCUUGGGGCUCUGAUGGACAGAAGAUAUGCAUAGCAUAUGAAGAUGGUGCGGUGAUAGUGGGGUCAGUGGACGGGCUGCGCGUGUGGGGCAAGGACAUCAAGGGCCCCGGGCUGUCCGCCGUGCAGUGGUCGCCAGACAACACACAGCUGCUGUUUGCGCUCUCGAGUGGCGAGCUGCAGCUGUACGAUGAUCAGGGGAACUUUACUAUGGCAGUGACAAGCCACGCGGCGUCGGCGGGCGAGGUGGUGGCGCUGCGCUGGUUCCCGGGCCGCGCACCCCCCGCGCGCCCGGUGCUCGCCGUGUGUCAUCGCACUGGACUGCUGCAGCUCAUGAAGAACUGCAUUGAUGACGAUGUGGUAGUGGUGGACACCCACAUGACGGCGCUGGACUGCCACUGGAACCACAACGGCGCCAUCCUGGCGGUGGCCGGCACCACCGCCGACAACAACAAUGUUAUACAGUUCUUCAGUGCUUAUGGAGAGCACAUAAGAACACUACGCGUGCCUGGCGGGAACAUGAGGGCGAUAUCAUGGGAGGGCCGCUCGCUCCGCAUUGCUAUAGCCAUAGAGUCGUUCAUCUACUUCGCGAACGUGAAGCCCGACCAUAAAUACGCGUUCUACGGCAACACGCUCGCCUUCUGCUCCGGGCCGGAGACCGUCACGUUCUGGGACACCACCACUCAUCAGUCAUGGAUAAACACCAUACCUGAGGUUGUGGACAUGAGUGGAGUGGACGAGUACUGCGUCAUCGCCACCUUAAACUCUUUAAUCAUCUCCAACCAACAAGGAAUACAAUGCGACGCGAAAACUGUGACUAUGCCGAUAUCAUACACAGCCAUCAACAGCAAGUACACCGUCGUGGCGGCCUCUAAAGAUGCGUUUCUAGUCUGGAAGUUCUCUACUCCAUCGCGAACGCGCAGCACAGAGCAGCUAUUCCACGCGGACGGGUCCCCGGCGACAUCCGACGCCGGCAUCCGCGACGACGGCAUAGCCUGCAUCGCCAGCUCCGACAGCCACCUGCUGGUGGGAAGAGACUCCGGGACCAUACUGCUGUUCUCUCUGGUCAAUAUGAGGAAGAUUACCUCGAUUAAUCUGAAUGCCAAGCCGUAUAAGCUGGGGUUGAACUGUAAUUCAAGCAAAUUCUUCGUGAUCGACCAGGCCGGCUCGCUCUACAUCCUCGACACAGACAUGGCGAACAACAUCAGCGUCGGUCAGGCUCUGCGCAAGGACGUGUGGGGCGCGCGCUGGGCGGGCGACGACCCGCGCGCGCUGGCGGCGGCGGAGAAGGCGCGGCUCUACGUGCUGCGCGGCGCCGAGCCCGAGGAGCCGCUGCCCGUGCAGGGGUAUCUGUGUAGGUUUCAGGACCUGGAAAUCACCAUGGCUCUCCUAGACAACAUCACGGACAAGUGCACCCCGCAACACGUGGCCCGCGUGGACGUGAAGUCCCUCCGCGACACGCGCCAGCUGCUGGAGCAGGUGGGGCUGCGCGAGGCCGAGGCGUUCAUCAAGGACAACCCGCACCCGCGCCUGUGGUUAUUACUAGCGGAGGCAGCCCUCAAGAAUUUCGAGACGGAGGGCGCUCUAGAGACGGCUGAGGCGGCCUUCGUCCGGCGCACCGACUACGCGGGCAUCAAGUUUGUGGGCCGGCUGAAUGCGCUGCACUCCAACGCGUUGAAGAAAGCAGAAAUCAUGGCCUAUUUCAAAGAUUUUGAUGCCGCCGAGAAGAUUUAUCAUGAUGAGGAUAGACGGGAUCUGGCCAUAGCGCUGCGCAAGCGGCUCGGGCACUGGUUCCGCGUGGUGGAGCUGCUGAAGACCUCCGCCACCACCACCGACAAGCAGGUCAAGGAGGCCUACAGCAACAUCGGAGACUAUUACAUCGAUCGACAGAAUUGGUCAGGUGCAAUAGAGUACUACACGAUGUGCGACAACGUGGAGGGGCUGCGCAAGUGCUACAUGGCGCUGGAGGACAACGAGGCGCUGGCCAAGCUCGCCGGCUCGCCCCGGCACAACAAGGAGAGUUUUGCCAAAUCCAAUCCCGCGGUGGAUGAAAUAAUCGACGUGGACCAGACGCCGUCUGUGCAGCUCCUCAUGCAGCUGAAGGAGAGCGGCAGGAUGCUCCAAACUGCUGCCAUGGCGUACCAGCUGGCGACAAUGGAGGCGUCACAGAAAGCUUCGCCUAUCAGAAUAAAGAAGCUCUACAUACUGGCAGCUCAUAUCUAUAACCAAAGCUCCGUCGAUGGUGCAAAGAACCGCGAGGCGGCUCGCUGCUACCGGCUGGGGGCCGCGCAGCACUGGCUAGCUCUGGCCAUGGCGAGGGCCUACGCGCAGCCCUUCCGAGCCGAGGCCGCCUUGCGGGCAGCCGCGCGGCUCAUGACCGUCAUAGAUGACCUGCACUCCGCGCAGCAUGAACAGGUGUGGUGUACAGUAGCAUUGAUUGCUAUAGAGGCAAGGGCAUUCAGUUUAUGCUCCAAAGCUUUUAUCAAGUUGGAAGCGUUAGAUGUGGAUAACCAGUACGAAAAUUUAGCUGUAGAAGUAUUUACGAGGUACAAGCCGCGAGACCCGAAGGGAACUAAAGUGAAUUGCCCUAAUUGUGAAACUGGGAUACCCGACUGGGCGACCUCGUGCGACAGUUGCGGCUCUGUGUUCCCGGGGUGCGCGGUGACGGCGCGGCCGCUGGGCGAGGCGGUGGCGUGGCGCUGCGGGCAGUGCCGCCACCACGCCGCGCGACACGACCUGGUGCUGCGACACUCCUGCCCCAUGUGCCAUGCUGCCCUCGCCUGAAGUGUAGCAGCUGGAUAAUCCAUGCUGUUCCGAAUUUAAACCCAUCAUAUAGCGUGCGCAACUAAUGUGCCAUGCCGCGCUCGCCUGAAGAUGAACUAUUUAUAAGUGUAGCAGCAGUUCUGACUUUAAAGCAAUCAUAUCGCGUGCGCAACUACUCCUACCAUCAUUUGUUAUACGUAGGUCUCCAGCCGAAUUCCCGAUAGUACAUAAUAAUUAAUAAUACAAGCAGUGGCAAGACUUUUUUGCGUGCGUGCUAGGGCCUAGAAUCAUAUCUGUUAGAAGUGUAUGUUUGUUUUAAGUAGAAGAUUAAGCUGUAUCUAAUGCUAUUUGUAUUUAAAUCCGUCCAUACUCAUAGAAUAGAUAUACAAUAUAGUUUUAGAAUUGUAAUGACAAUGAAUGGAUACAAAUUAUUUAAAUUAUCUAAAUCUUUAUUUCAAUAAGUUUUUCCAGUACAGUGAGUCUAGGAUCAACAAUAGUAAUCUGUUUGAUCAUCUGACUAGAUAAACAAAAUCUACACAUAUAAAGGGAUAAGCUGACUUUCAAACUAUUUGUAGGUAAUAUAUCAUUUAAGAACUUGUUAACUACUGUAUAUAUUAAAAGCAUUAUAGGCACUAACUUAUUAAGGUCACAAAUUGUAUGUAUACAUAUUUACAACAAAUUGAUAAAGUACAAACAACAAUAAAGUGAUAAAAUGCA